UAGUCUACAACCCUGAACGUCUUUGAAAUGUUGGAGGAAAUUAGAGCACCCGGAGUAAAAACCCACACAGGUCAAGGGGAGAACGUACAAACUCUACCCGUAGUCAGGAUCGUACCCGGGUCUCUGGCGGUGAGGCAGCAACUGUACCGCUGCGCCACUGUGCGGCGCAGAAUUAUAUAACGGUUUCCUCCGCCAUAAACGCACCCAAUAUGUGCUAGUAAUGUCCUGUUUGCCAGCUUGUUGACCCUCUGUGUUCCCCUCCUGCAGGGUUUAGGGGCCGUUGCUGUGGACGGAGAGACGGGGACGUGAGCGGCCAUUUAGGGCGGCCAGGGUGCCGUGAGCCCCCCCCCCCACAACUGCUCGGUGUGCGGGCUGAGCUUCGAGGGGCUGAGCUUCGAUGGAGGACCACAUGACGGGGCAAAACAAGGAGAAGCGUUAUGAGUGCGACGUGUGUGGCAAGGCCUGUCAGCGCCCGAGCUGGCUGGAGAUCCACAGGCGGGAGCACACGGGAGAACGCCCCUUCGACUGCUCGGAGUGCGGCAAGAGCUUCAAGACAGCGGAUGUGCUGAAGAUCCACCGGCGGGUGCACACGGGUGAGAAGCCCUAUGGCUGCUCCACCUGCGGCAAGAGCUUUGCCCAGAUAUCGGGGCUGCGGGAUCACCGGAGGGUGCACAGCAGUGAGCGGCCCUUCACCUGCUCCAACUGCGGCAAAUGCUUCAAGUCGUCGCCGGACCUGAAGAGGCACAGGCUCCUGCACACCUGCAGCGACUGCGGCAAGGGCUUCAUCCUCUCCAGCUACCUGGUAUCCCACACUGGCGAGUGCCCCUUCACCUGCUCCCAGUGCGGCAAGAGCUUCACCUCCUCCAGCAGGCUGCUGUCCCACCAGCGCACCAAACCUGGAGAGCGUUCAUGCACCUGUACCCAGUGCGGAAAGGGCUUCAAUCGCUCCUCCAAGCUGCUGUCCCACCAGCGCACCCACACUGGCGAGCGUCCCCACAACUGCACCCAGUGCGGCAAAGGCUUCACCUCCUCCAGCAGGCUGCUGGAGCACCAGCGCACCCACACCGGCGCGCGCCUCUACACCUGCACCCAGUGCGGCAAGGGCUUCAACUGCUCCACCCAUCUGCCGACUGCGGCAAGGGCUUCAUCCUCUCCAGCUACCUGGUAUCCCACCAGCGCACCCACACUGGCGAGUGCCACUUCACCUGCUCCCAGUGCGAGCUUUGCCCAGAUAUCGGGGCUGCGGGAUCAUCGGUGGGUGCACAGCCGUGAGCGGCCCUUCACCUGCUCCAACUGCGGCAAAUGCUUCAAGUCGUCGCCGGACCUGAAGAGGCACAGGCUCCUGCACACCUGCAGCGACUGCGGCAAGGGCUUCAUCCUCUCCAGCUACCUGGUAUCCCACACUGGCGAGUGCCCCUUCACCUGCUCCCAGUUUACAAUCACCUUGGUCAUCCACGAUUGCCUCUCGACCCGUGCGAUUACUAAGGAGAAGGUGCUUGGAAAACUGAAAAUGCUGAGGCUCGUUAAAUCACCUGGACCGGAUGGACUGCACCCCGUGGUUCUGAAGUAG